GGCGCCAUGACCACCUCGAGGCUCCAUUUUGGUGGCGAAGCUGCGGCUGUAGCAUUUAGAGCUACUACGACAAAACAGCCACACUAUGAGAAUUCGUGGUGAUUUUCAGACGAAAUAACGCGUGUGUAGCUUAUAUAGGAUGGUCGUGGAUAAAUCGUCGUGGAUAAAUCCUUUGUAACUGCCUGUUUCUGUGGAGUUAGAGGGCUAAAAACACGGCUAACUGCUACCGGCGCCCAGCGCUGCUGUCCGGCUGUAAUUUCUAUUUUUCCUUAAUACGGUCGGUUAUUUCCUCAAAAUUCUGCCAUAAUUUCUCUGUAAAGGUGAGCAACCGUCCCUUCAGAGCCACAAAUGGACGGUGAGGAUGAAGUCUUUUCAGGGAGUCACUCAGAUGAUGGCAGUGCCACUCCUGUGCAGGACGAGAAUGCAGGGUCAGAUGCUGAGGAGGAAAUGAGAGGAGGGUCGCACCAGUCUGAGGAUGAAGGCAGUGAUAGAGAAGACGCAGCGCCCCCUGCUGCCGACAGCGGAUCAGAACAUGAGGGUGGUGGUGGAGCCAGCGAUUCAGAGCCGGAACGCCCCCGCCCUGCCGACAGUGACGAUGAUGAUGAAAGUUCUCCGCCCAAACGCAGGGGGAGCACUUCAGAAACAGAAGAGCAGCAAAAAGCUCAGGCCAGCGAUUCGGACGAGGAGCCUCGGAGGAGGAGGCGGAGCUCAGACUCAGGCAGCGAAUCAGAUGAAGAGAAAGCCAAACGGAGCACGCGGAGAGAUUCUGAAGGAGAGGAUGGAGAAGAGAGAAAGGAGGAGAAAGAGGAGCGAGGAAGGAAAGCAGUGAUUAACUCAGACAGUGAGGAAGAGGAGGAAAGGAAGCCUAAAGAAGACGUAGGAAGUGAUCAGGAUGAAGAACGUCCUCGACAGACUCUAGCUGACAGCGACGAUGAAGAAGAGGACAAGCCAGUGAAGAGGAAGAAGGCCAUUCUUUCCGACAGUGAGGAUGAGGAAGAAACAAAAGCUGUAAAGAAGAGCAGAGCAGUGUCAGAUGAUGACUCUGAUAGUGAUGAAGGCUCAGAGGCUCCAGAUAAAACUAUCGCAGCAAAACUGAGAGAGCUGGGCUCAGACAGUGAGGAAGAAGAUGACCGGUUGAAGAUGGACACAGGGAAAAAAGACGAGAAAACACUGUUCGGCAGCGACAGCGACUCAGACAACAAUGAGGAAGAGAAAAUGAUAGCAGACAUCUUCGGAGAGUCGGGAGAUGAGGAAGAAGAGGAGUUUACGGGCUUUAACCAGGAGGAGUUGGAAGGAGACAAGCAGCAGUCUAAGGCUGGGGGACACAAAGAAGCAGCUGAUGACUCUGACUCAGACGACGAUGUGGACAGAGGAGGAAAAGACACAUCGUUCAUGUCUGACUUUGACAUGAUGCUGGCCCGUAAGAAAGCUCAGAGCGGCAAACGCAGACGGCAUCGAGAUGGAGGAACGUUCAUCAGCGACGCAGACGAUGUGGUCAGCGCCAUGAUCACCAAAAUGACUGAGGCUGCAGAGGAGGAUCGAACACUGAACAGUCAGAAGAAGCCGGCGCUGAAAAAGCUGAUGCUUCUGCCCACAGUUGUGAUGCAUUUAAAGAAGCAGGAUCUGAAGGAGACAUUUAUAGACAGUGGUGUGAUGACUGCGAUAAAAGAGUGGAUCAGUCCUCUGCCUGAUAAAAGUCUUCCGGCGUUGAAGAUCAGAGAAGAACUACUCAGGAUCUUGCAGGAGCUGCCAAGCGUAAGCCAGGAGACUCUGAAGAUGAGUGGAAUCGGCCGAGCUGUUAUGUUUCUUUACAAACAUCCUAAAGAGUCACGGGCCAACAAAGAUCUCGCUCUCAAACUCAUCAAUGAAUGGUCGCGGCCCAUCUUUGGCUUAUCGUCUAAUUAUAAGUGCAUGACGAGGGAGGAGAGGCAGCAGAGAGACCUGGAUCAACAGAUCGCCCCCCGCAGGCGGCUCAGUUCAGGGGGACAGACUCCUCGGAGAGAUCUGGAGAAGGUGUUGACCGGAGAAGAGAAAGCUUUGCGGCCCGGUGACCCUGGGUUUUGUGCGCGGGCACGUGUGCCCAUGCCCUCCAAUAAGGACUACGUUGUGCGGCCCAAAUGGAAUGUGGAGUCCGACUCCAACCGGGGUCCUGUGAGGAAGAGUUUAUCACGUGUAGAUAAACAGAUGCGACGCUUCGCCGACAUCCGACGCCUAACAAAGCCGGGUCAUGCGGUAAAGAUCAGCGUCGAGGGCAACCGCAUGCCCCUCUGAUCCCUGCACGUGCAGCUUCCUGUCUGUUUUUGUUUAUUCCUUUGUUUUUCUAUGAUGGCGUAAGUGCGAAUGUAUGAUACUGUUGUAGGUGUAUUAAGAUGAGCUUUUUCAGGGAGGAUGGAGCUACAAGGACUGUAAUAUAGCAAUGCAUCUUUAUCAGGCUACGGGGAAUAUGUGCGAAAUGUGGCUGUGAGUCUGAGAGUGGCUGCUGUCUACCUUGUGCUGGUGCAGACGUAAGUUUGAUAAUAAAGAGUUUCCACAUCCUUUGCUUUUA